AUGUCAACCAGUGUUUCUAUAUCAGAGCUUCAAAAAGAAAAAGGGACUUUUCAAGAUGUCUUACCUAGUGUAAUCGACUCACUUGUCACAAGUCCGAAGCUGUCGGAAAUACCUGAGUUUUCAGUGUGGAUAAAAAAGAUAUUGGAUUACAAUUUGGCUGGUGGUAAGAAGAACAGAGGACUAACUACAGUACUUGCUUAUGAAAUGCUAGAGAAACCAGAGAAUAUUACAGAGGAAUCAUUAAGGCUGAGUCGUACAAUGGGAUGGUGUGUUGAAAUGUUACAGGCGUAUCUUUUAAUGGCAGACGAUAUAAUGGAUGGAUCUACGACGCGUAGAGGUGUAACUUGUUGGUACCGACUUCCAGAAGUUGGUCUUGGCGCCAUUAAUGACACUAUUCUUGUAUACACCUCUAUGAUAGAAAUAUUGAAAACACAUUUUGGUGACAAGAAACAAUAUACUCAUAUAGUAAAUUUAUUUAAUGAAACGCUGCUAUUUACGUCCAUAGGGCAACACUUAGACUACACAAUGGCACAGCGAAAAAAGAACGAUUACAGUCUAUUUACGGUAGAACGUUACAAUGCUAUUGUUAAAUACAAGACUGCUUAUUAUACAUUCAAAUUACCCGUUUGCUUGGGCAUGCUUUUAGCUAACAAUACAGACACGGAGAGCCACAAAAGAGCUGAAGAAAUAUGUUUAGAAAUCGGCCAUCUCUUUCAAAUGCAAGAUGAUUUCAUAGACUGUUUUGGCGCGGAGUCAGUGACCGGUAAAGCGGGUACGGACAUACAGCAGGGCAAAUGUUCCUGGCUAGCCGUAAUGGCUUUACAGCGCUGUAACGAAGCACAACGCAAUGUGUUCACAUCCUGCUACGGCAGCAGAGAGCCCGCACAUAUAGAACGCAUUCAGAGGCUUUACGAGCAGCUGGAACUACCACAGCUGUAUCGUCAGGAGGAACGCAACCGUUAUGACGCGGUCGUGGAAAGAGUGCGGGGUCUAUCAGUUGACACUGGUCUCCCGCCUGAACUUUUCCUCAGAAUGCUUGAAAUGAUCUACAAAAGGAAACUAUAG